AUGAGGAUGCAAGUUUUUAUAGCGCCUAUGGAUUACCCUAGACAACUUCAUGUACGGCGUGCUAUCACUCGUCGUAUUAAAUUAGGAGACUCUUCUGGAAUUCCGGAGCAAAUUUUGCAU